AUAAAGAUAUGACUUUAAAUGAUAUUUAUCUUCAUAUUCUCAAUAUAUUCAAAUUAAGAGGUUAUUUUACAAAAAUAAAUCUUGAUUAUUUAAUAAAUCAUUUUGUUUUGCUUUAUGAAUCAAAAAUAGAUACUGACCAUGAAACAUUAUUAUAUGAUUUUCAAUUGCAACCAUUGGAUGUUAAUCAAUAUGGAACAUUUUUUGAGUAUAUUCAGAAUAAUGGUUUGAAUUGUUCAAGUACAAUUAUAUAUGUUUGCAUUGAUGAAGGUUUGCAUUUCAUUUGAUUUUGUCUAUUUAUCUUUUUAUUUUAAAGCUACUAAUAAUGAUAUGACAAGAAAAACUAUGAUGGAAAGUGAAAAAAAAUUUACAACGACACCUUCAUCAAUCGUAAAAGAAAUGUAAUCACAUCUUUGAAUAACAUCGUUUUUCUUUAAGAUAUUUUAUACAUAUUAGAACAUCUCUACAAACAAGGACAGAUUUAUUCACAACAUCAAUCGAACAUGAACAUGUCAAUGAAAAUAAACAAGAUAUUUAUUCAGAUCAAACUAAUAAUUUGUUAAAUGAACAUUCAUUUAUAAAUACGAUUAAUUCUAUUAUGAAAAGCACUGAAGAAUUAAUGAGUCAAAAUAGUUAUAAUGAAAUUUUGACUAAAUUAUUUGAGAAUAUAUGUAUUAUUCAUGGAUAUUCACAUUUAACAAUUCCUGCAAUAAUACAAUUAAUUAAACAAUCAAAAAGAGAUAUUCAAUCAAUUAAACAAUCUGAUAUUAUAUUACAUUUGAAUUGUAUUAAUAUUAUUUCUGUUAGUUGUGAAUUUUUAAUUAAAUUUUUCACACAAGAAAAAGAUAAAUUUGAUCAUAUUCCAAUUUAUUCAAUGAUUCAUCAAUCAUUUACUGAAUUUUAUCGAAAAUUAAAGCUUUUAUGUGUUUACUGUUAUGUACUUGUUGACGAGUACAAUAAACUUACUAAAAGUUCACCUAUUAAAUCAAUUGAAUAUGGAAGAACAGAAUCAUCUGAUUCGAAUUUUCAAUCUUUAUUUGAACACUAUCAUGAAACAAAUACACAAGCAUUUGGUAAAAAUAGUCAAAAAACUAUUGAAUUAUUUCAGCGAUUCUUUAUUAUUUCAAGAGAUUUAUUACAUUUUAUGAAUGAACCACGAUUAUUAAAAUUUUAUACUAUUAUUCAAUCUAUAAUUGUUGGUAUAGAAUCCGUACUACCAACUAUUAAUAUGGAUAAUUCUACAUCUGUAACUAAUGCAAUAGACGUGCUAACAUCGCUUAAAGUUCAAUAUUCAAAAAUAUUCCAUCCGAAUCAUUUUACAUCACCCAUCUAUCGAUUGAAUCAAUCUACUAAACAAGCAUUUAGAAAGACAAGCAGUUCAGUAGCUGAUAUAAUUGGUCAUUGUAAGAAUUUUCUAAUUCCACCAGUUAAAAAUCAAACAAAAGCAUCAACAUCUUUAUCAACAGAUAAUAAAAAAAAACGGAAAAAUAAAAAUUCAAUUCAAUCACUUAAACGAAAAUCAGAAGUUUUACAUAUUGAUAAUUAUGAUCAAAGUGAAAUUCAAUCAUAUUCGUCAUUUAACAAUGAAAAUUUAUCAAAAUAUUUUCAAAAUAGAAAUAAACGAAGAUUUAAGAAAUCGAACUAA